AUGGCAAACUCCGGCGAACCCACCGGAGCGCCACGAUUAUAUCUUCCGAAACGGUAUACGCUAUGUGAGACCCUACUACUUCGAGUUCAUUUGUCAUGUAAGAAUCGUUGGGCGGGGAAGACCAUUGUUGAUAUGUUCGCUGAAGAAUUUAAAGGCCGACCUCGUGAUUACUAUGUUUUGGCUGUUAAAUGUGGGCGGAUACAAGUUGAUGGACAGAAAGUGCAUGUUUCAUACAUAGUUCAGCCAUCGCAAAAAAUAAGCCAUUUCUUGCACAGGCAUGAACCACCUGUGAUGGUGCGGGAUGUCGCUGUUCUCCAUGAAGAAGCAGAUGUGCUAACUGUAUGUAAGCCUGCUUCUGUUCCGGUGCAUCCAUGUGGACAAUAUCGUAAGAACACAGUUGUUGGUAUCCUUCAGGCGGAGCAUGGCUUGGCACCUUUAUUUCCGGUUCAUAGACUAGAUCGCUUGGUCUCAGGACUUCUUAUCUUGGCUAGAAGUGCUUCUAAGGCGGACCUUUUUAGGCAAGAGAUUGAAUCUGGGAUGGUGCAGAAACAGUAUAUUGCAAAGGUCAUUGGCAUAUUUCCUGAGGAUGAGCAAGUUGUGCAUGCAAAUGUAAAUUACAACGCUAGAGAAGGGAGGAGCGCAGUGGAGGUGGGGGAGGUUUGCGAGAACAGCAAUACUCUGCUGAAGGGAAAGGCUGCUUGUACAAAAUUUACAAGAAUUUGUACGGAUGGGACUCAUAGUGUCAUUUUAUGCAAACCAAUCACCGGAAGGACACAUCAAAUACGUGUCCAUCUGUAA